GUGGAACUUAAAGAAUUAUAAAGGAGUCACAUUUCCUCAUGCAAUUUUAUUCCAAAAAUAAUUACGGUGAAAUAUUUUAUAAUUCAAUAAGUCAAGUGAAUUGAUGGCUGGAAGAGGCUGGAGAAUCUUUGCUAGUGUAGGCUUUCACUGAAGAGUAUAUAUUAAGCCCAUUACAUUCGAUGGUCCGAUACAAUUUUCUUCACCACUAAAGCCUAUUAUGAUCAAUAGGCUUUAUCAUCCUUCAAAAUGUUUAUUGCACAGUACAAUAUGGGCUUGGUCCCCCUAAACUGGUUUAUUUUGUUGAGACUACACGUACGCAUUAUUUUCAUGGCUGAAGAUCGUCACAGCUCACCUUUGUUUGGAUGAAUGGCUGUGAAAAUCCCAGAAUCUAUUAAGCUGAAUAAUGUUAACAACACCAAAGGCAAGAAGAAGGAGCCGGACUCCAUAAUACCGCAUUUUCAACUCCAGCUCAAGUUUUCCCUCUCAGUUCUUCCUACUGUUUGAUCUUCUAAGGUACUACAGUCUCUUUUCUGCUGUUGUAUUUUACAAAGUUUGGUUAUAUUGUUUAAUUGGAAUGAGGUUGAGUCGAUGAAAGAGUGAUAUGACAUCGUUUUAGUAUGCUUCAUCAAACUUUAGUUGGUUUAUUGUUUCUGGGUAUUUUGGAUUCUGCUUUAUAUUUCAUUGCUUGAGCAUAAUGCAAUCGUUGAGCACCUGGCCCUGCAGAAAUGAAUCUUGUUUGGUUCCCCAGUUGGAUUCUGAACUGGGUUCAUUCUCUCUUUUAAGUACGAAGAAGUUCAGAAGGAAAAGAUUGAUACUUGCUGCCCCUUUUUGUAAUUUUAGUAGCGGUGGUUUGUUGCAUAUAACUAGCUAUUGUAGGAGUACCUGCAGUAGAAUCAGGGGCCGAGAUUGGGACUUGAAAGAUAAAUUAUUCUGUAAGAACCCCAAAUACCUUAUUUCUAGGACGAAUAGAGGGUCUUUAGGUGCAUCAUUUGCAUUAACUUGGGCGUUGGAGGAGCAAGCUGUGAAUAAUAGGAAAGAAAAUUCAGCUUCCCUUGAUAGAGUUUCAGAAGGAAAUGAUAAUGGAAACUGUAGUCCAGUUAGAUUGGAGGGGGAAGUGAAGGUUUUGGACUUGGCCUUGAGCAAUAAUCAUGUUGGUGCAGUUAAGGAAGACCACGAUGCAAAACUAGAAGAUGCUAGUAAUCAGGGAAAAGGAAUCCAAAAAACUAGACCGGUAGUUGAUGUGAGGGCAUUGGGUAGGAGCUUACACAUGGCCAGAACUGCCGACGAUGUGGAAGAAGUUCUCAAGGAUAAAGGGGAUCUACCUCUUCAGGUAUAUUGUUCUCUUAUGAGAGGUUUUGGCAAGGACAAAAGGCCACUCUGUGCAAUGGCUCUUUUUGAAUGGCUUAGGAGGAGAAGCCAAGACACUGAUGGUGCAAUUCGGCCCAACCUUUUCAUAUAUAAUAGCCUUCUUGGAGCUAUUAAACAGGCAGAGAAGUAUGAUUUGGUUGAGGCGGUUAUAAGCGAGAUGGGUUUGGAGGGUAUCAAUCCUAACAUUGUCACAUACAACACAUUGAUGGGUAUAUAUAUUGCCCAAGGCCGGGAAGUUGAGGCACUCAAUCUUUUUGAAGAGAUCCCAGAGAAAGGUCUGUCUUUGACUCCAGCAUCCUAUUCAACAGCUCUGUUGGCUUAUCAAGGACUUGAAGAUGGAUUUGGAGCUUUAAAGUUCUUGGUUGAAGUCAAAGAUAAAUUUAGAAAAGGUGAGAUAGGAAAAGAUGUAAAUGCCGACUGGGGAAAUGAAUUGGCGAAGCUUGAGAACUUCACAGUUCGGAUUUGUCACAAGUUGAUUCGGAACUGGCUUGUAAAGAGCAAGAAUUCAAAUACCAGCAUAUUGAAACUAUUAACAGAAAUGGACAGAGCUGAAGUCCAAGUGAGUCGGGUGGAAUAUGAGCGUCUUGUUUGGGCUUGCACUCAUGAGGAACAUUAUGUUGUGGCAAAAGAAUUGUACAAUAGGAUACGCGAGAGGGAUCCAGGAAUCAGUUUAUCAGUUUGCAACCAUGUGAUUUGGAUAAUGGGAAAGGCUAAAAAGUGGUGGGCUGCUCUAGAAAUUUACGAGGACAUGUUGGAUAAAGGGCCAAGGCCUAAUAAUAUGUCAUAUGAACUGAUAGCUUCUCAUUUCAAUAUUCUGCUCACAGCAGCUAAAAGAAGAGGGAGUUGGAGAUGGGGUGUCAGGUUGUUGAACAAAAUGGAAGAGAAAGGCCUCAAACCAGGUAGUAAAGAAUGGAACGCUGUCCUUAUUGCAUGUUCCAAAGCUUCAGAAACAUCUGCCGCUGUGGACAUAUUUAAAAGAAUGAUAGAACAAGGCGAAAAACCGACUGUUGUUUCCUAUGGGGCAUUGCUUAGUGCCCUUGAAAAAGGGAAACUCUACGAUGAGGCCCUUCAGGUCUGGAAACAUAUGAUCAAAGUAGGAGUGGCACCAAACUUGUAUGCUUAUACGAUUAUGGCUACAGUAUAUUCUGCGCAAGGUAAAUUCAACAUUGUCAACUCCAUUAUCAAGGAGAUGGUUGCAGUAGGGGUUCAGCCUACGGUAGUAACAUUCAAUGCAAUCAUCAGUGCAUGCGGGAGGGAGAACAUGGUAAGUGCAGCGUAUGAAUGGUUUCAGCGUAUGAAGGAUUACAACAUAUCUCCCAACGAGGUCACAUAUGAGGUGUUGAUAGAAAUUCUUGCGAAUGAUGGUAAGCCAAGGCUAGCGUAUGAGUUGUAUUCGAGGGCUAACAAGGAGGGAAUGUCUCUCUCGCUGAAGGCCUACGACGCGGUCAUUCAUUCUUCACAACGUCAUGGUGCUACUAUUGAUGUUUGCAUUCUUGGACCUCGUCCCUUAGAGAACAAGAUAAAAUGUGUGAAUCAGGAUACUAAUUUGCAGGAUUCUGUAACUUAGUUCAUACUUCAUAUUGCUCCUAGGCGAAGCAUACCAUUUCAAUUUGACGCAAAAGAAAUCUAUACUGUAUAGUGUACAUAUGAAGAAGAUCACAAGUUCGUAACUGAGCUUAGUACCUCUCUCAAGCCUUGAACACAUGAGAUGAUCCAAAUGGUUAAGGAACUUUUUAAGGUUCCAAGCUAGCUUCUGCCGCUAGUCUACGACCAUGUCGUGCUCCUUCUGCAAUAUUUCGUGCAGUAUAAGUUUGUUAAAUCGCCAAGUAGAGUAAUGUAUACUACAGGUCUUAAAAUCACUCAAAGCAAUCUUUUGUCCCUACUUAUGCGUAAAACACACUCUCAUCAAAUUAGAUUUAUACUACGGGUCUUACAUUAUUGUGACAACCAAAUACUAUGUUUUAUACAAAAUUUGGGAAACUGGUAUUUCAGCAUCUGUUAUUUUUAUUUUUAUUUUUUUCCCGUAGUGGACAUCUGAUGCCCAAUAUAUUAUAGGUCAUAAUCAACACUUAAGACGACACAUGUUCGUUGUCAUGAAUGGAUCCACA